UUACGUGCAUCAGUGGCAAUGGUUGUCGACGACGGCGAGCAACGAGCGUGCGCCGCCGCCGCCGGCGACGGCGAUGGCGGCGGAGACGACCAUCUCAGCGGGCUACCCGACGAUGUCCUGCUCGACAUACUGGAGAAGGUGGUGAUGGACGGCGACGCCCACGCCGCCGCGAGGACCUGCAUCCUCUCGCGGUGGUGGCGUCACCUGCCAUGGCACGACAUCACCACCGUCUCCCUCGACGUCGACGACUUCAUCCCGGACAAGGAGAACGCGUGCCGCCCCGUGCUCCAGGUGCACCACCGGCGCGCCACCGACAACCUCGCCGCCGCGCUGGCGAGCUUCCUCGCCGCGCCGCCGAGCAAGCGCGCCAUCGACAAGCUCCACCUCAAGCUCGUCCUCACGACGGACGACGACCGCGUCCACCGCGUCGGCGCGCUCGUCGGCGACGCGUUCGACACCGGCAGGGUCAAGGCCGGCGCCGUCGAGCUCGAGAUCCUCGCCGAGAGCGCCUGCGCGUUCGUCGACGACGACGACGAGGAGCAGAAGCGGCUCAUGCUCGGGAAUGGCCGCCGCUUCACGCGGCUCCGGCGAGCCUGCCCUGGCGCGUUCCGGUCGCUGGCGAGGCUCACCGUGCACAACCUCUGGUUCGACGGCGGCGACACGGCGGCCACGAUCACCCACCUCCUCCAUGGCUGCCCCGCCCUCGAGUACCUCGACAUGUUCUACUGCGGCUUCGUGCCGUUCUCCGUGAUGACGAUCGACGCGCCGCCGGAGUCGCGGCUGGCGACGCUGGUGUUCGACCAGUGCCACGCCGCCGGCGUCGAGCUUGUCAAUGCGCCCAAGCUACUACGGGUGGCUCGACGGCGAGCCGGCGGUCUCGUACGGCGGAACACCGUCGCUCAAAGGUAUAACCCUAGAAAACUUCUACGACGAGGAGCAUAAUGAUGGGGUUGUUUACGAUUUUAAAUGGAAGCUUAGUAAGCUAAUCCCAGAAAACCCUGGUCAAUUAGAGCGGCUUUGCAUCAAGUCCUUCGGCACAAAGAUCUGGGUACAACCAGGAGCCCCUUGAGCAGCUGAGCUGACAAUCCAACUCGGCGGCCUAAAGAAGCUUGAGCUGGAUGACAUCUCACACACACACGCAACUUUCUCUCAUGUACUACGGGGUUGUUUGAUUUAUAUACUAACAUUGUCUAGAGUUAUCAUAGCUUUUUUUUAUCAAGUUUGUCUAAGGUUAGACGAACAAAUUUGGCACCACGCUAUGGCUAAGAAUCCACAAACUUGUCACACUUUUCUUGAGACAAUGACAUGUGGGACCAAAAAGCUAGAAAAAGAAUCUGGCCACAAUUGUGACAAUGAACCAAACACAUAGCUAAUGUAAUCAAAGCUGCCUAAAUUGGGGUGUGGCAAAGUGUGGCAACAUGUGAUUAUGAACCAAACAACCCUUACGUUCCUGCUUGAAGCGGCACCACUCCUAGAAACUUUCACUAUUGCUGUGAGUUUCUAAAUUUUAAUUACUCUCAAGAGUAGGUUAUAAAACGUUUUGACUUUGAUCAAAAUUAAACUGUUUUAAGUUUUUAACUAAGUUUAUAGAUAAA